CGGCAGGUGGGGGGAAUAGUUUUUCAUAAUUGAAGUUUGCCUUUGACGAUGACCACACCCACUUGAUUGGGUUGCACUAUUAGGGACGACGACGACGACGACGACAACGACAACGACGACUUCAUUUUCCAUCCUCACAGAUCCAAUUUCAAUGGCUUCCAGUUCUUCCUCCAGUAGUAUGGCUUCUACUAGUCCUCAUGGCAGCUAUGAUGUUUUUCUAAGUUUUAGAGGCGAAGAUACUCGUGAUUCUUUUACGGAUCAUCUUUACCAUGCAUUAAACCGAGCAGGUAUUAAUACUUUUAGGGAUAACGAAGAAAUUGACAGAGGUGAAAAACUGAAUCCGGAGAUCGGGAGAGCAGUUAAAGAAUCAAGGGCUUCAAUAGUUGUAUUGUCACCAAACUAUGCCACUUCCACUUGGUGCCUUGAUGAGCUAUUGUCGAUUCUGAAGCAAAGGAAAGAGUGUAAUCAUUUUGUUCUACCUGUUUUUUAUCAUGUUGAUCCUUCUGAUGUGAGAAAACAUAAUAAAAAUUUUGCAAUCCAAGUCAAAGCCAAUCAAAGGUGGACAGAUCACAACGUGAACCAGUGGAAAAGAGCUCUUAGAGAGGUUGCUGAUUUGGCCGGCAUGGUUCUGUCAGGGCCUGAAACAGAGUUUAUAAAGGAAAUCGUUGACACCAUUUACAAUAAACUGGAUCGAAAAGAAGUUCAUCUUCCACUCAAUCUAACAGGGUUAGCCACUCGAUAUGAAAAUAUCAAUUCCUGGUUAAAUCGAUCCAAUGCUGAAUUUUUAGCAAUUUGUGGCAUGGGUGGAAGUGGCAAGACAACAUUGGCCAAGUAUAUUUAUGAUUCAAAUUGGAAUAAUUUUGAAAGCAUGAGUUUUGUUGAAGACAUUAGUCGCAGAUGUAAAGAAUCCGAUGAUUUGCUUCAGCUACAAGAACAACUUCUAAACGAUAUUUUAGGUGGCAAGAAGAGAAAAAUACCUGGUGUUUCUCAAGGUACAUGUAAGAUUGAGGAGGCCUUACAAACAAAAAAGACACUUAUUGUUCUUGAUGAUGUUGCUAGACGUAGUGAGUUAAUCGCUUUACUUGGAUCCGGGAAAAUUAAUACACAAAGCAAGAUUAUAAUAACAACAACCACGGAAAAUACAGAUAAUUGGUUUAAGUUUCCGUAUCGGAGGUGUGAAGUUUAUAAAAUGAAAUUAUUAGAUGAUGAUGAAUCUUUAGAGGUUUUAAGUCGUCAUGCAUUUGGUUCUAAGGUUCCCAUGGGAGGUUUUGAGGAGCUUGCAUUACAAGCAGUAAAAUAUUGUGAAGGAAAUCCUUUAGCUCUUAUAAUGUUGGCAUCUUCUCUAUCCGAUGACAAUACCAUUUUAUAUUGGAAAAGUCGAUUGAAUUUUUUGGAUAAAGAUUUUGAUUCUCGGAUUCAAAGUGUACUUAUAACAAGCUACGAGUCAUUGCCCUCUAUCCUAGAGAAAGAGUUGUUUUUGCAUAUUGCUUGUUUCUUUGUUGGGAAAGAUGAGGAUUAUGUGGUGAAGAUAUUGGAGCAUGAUUAUUGUGCAUUAUCUGGUAUUAAAACCCUAUACAAUAGAUGUCUUCUUUCUGUUUCACCAAACAAAAAACUGAUGAUGCAUCGAUUGCUUCAAGAGAUGGGGAAACACAUAGUUCGUCAAGAAUCAUCAAAAUUUCCUACAAAACGUAGUAGAGUUUGGCUUAGUAGCGAUUCUUAUAAGAUAUUAAGCAAAGGAGAGGGUUCAGAAACAAUGGAAGGUUUAGCAAUGGACAUGCCAAUGCUAAGGGCAGAGAAGAUUGCAUUCAAGUCAUCAAUCCUCAAGACAGAUGCACUUAAAAAGAUGGAUAAACUAAAACUGCUCCAACUAAAUUUUGUGCAACUCACGGGGUCUUACGAGAAUUUUUCAGAAGAUUUAAGAUGGCUGAGCUGGCUUGGAUUCCAUUUAAGAAACAUACCCUCCGAAUUAUUCAUGGGAAACUUGGUGGCCAUAGAUAUGAGCUAUAGCAACCUGGAAGUCUUUGAUCCUCCCAUGGUUCUUCAGUCACUACAAAUUCUAAACCUUAAAGACUCUCACAAUCUAUUUGAAAUCCGCAAUAUGUCCAUGAUCCCUCAUCUUGAGACUUUGAUUCUUUGGAACUGUUACAGUCUGGUUCAUGUUUGUGAAACCAUUGGAGACCUAACAAGUCUUACACUGCUGAACAUGACAGGGUGUGCAAACCUAUGCGAGAGGGAGCAAACAAAUGUUUUAGUAGGAUUAGAAGCUUCUAGUUCAUUACAACCUACAUUUUCCUUCCCACUUUCAUUACACAGGUUAUUCCUCCAAGACUGCAAUCUUGAAUGUACUGAUUCUUUUCCUCUGAGUUUCAGUCUUCAAAUAAAUUUGCAGUACUUGAACUUAGGCAAUAGUCUGUUUGAGUUUCUGCCUUGUUAUGAUCAUCUUAAAAAUCUUCGGGUCCUUGACUUGAGUUUGUGCUCAAGGCUUAAAUGGCUUCUAUGUCUCCCAAGUACACUUGCAGAAUUGUAUAUAUACUACUGUAACUCAUUGGAGAAAAUAAGUUUCCAAUCUCAUCGAUUCACUUUACAAGAGUUUGGUUAUGAAGGCUGUAUCAGUCUGUCUGAAAUUGAAGGCUUUAUCAAACUGGUGCCUCUAGCCAAACUUGAAGAAAACGAUUUGGGACACUUGAAGUGGCUAAAACAAUAUCAAAAUCACGAGGUUUCCCUUGUUGGUGAUGAUGAGCUCACUAAAGGCAGAAGCUCGUGUGUCCAGAUGUUGUAUGAAUUUGAUAUAAUGAGCACAUCUCUCCCAGACCUAAAGGAUCCAAACAUGACACCAAAGUACGCAUCAGAAUUAUCGUCUUUGUCCUUUGACGUGCCUUCAUGUCCUGAUAAUAGAAAGCUCAUAGGACUUGAUGUAACAUUCAAAUAUGCAAUAUCUGGUGAUGAUUGUGCAUGGUUUUGUAAAAUCAAUACGGAUAAUGGUGUUGAUUUGAUGUACAACCCUAAAGUUUUUGGCAAACCCGAAUUUGGUAAAGUUGGUAUGUGGUUAAGCUAUUGGCCAAUUGGAAACCUAUUGGACACUGGAGAUAAAGUUAGUGUCUCUAUUGCUGUGAUGACUGGAUUAGAGGUACAUGAAUGUGGUGUGAGCCUGGUUUAUGAUGAUGAAACUUUGGAAAACAACGUAGAAAUUCUUGGAGGAGAUUUGUCUGGAUUUCAACUAAGCACAGGAGCUUUCUACCUUUGUCGCCGUGAUUUCUUUGAGUUAAUGGAGGUUGGUAGACUGGCUCCUGAUUGGUUUAGAAUUUUAGUUGGUGAUACGGAUACCAUUGACUAUACAGAGGUACGAGGAUGGAGAAAGACAGGUCGACCUAAGCAGUUGAAUCCAUCUUUUACAGAAUUGAAAACUGUUCGAUGCAUCAUCCAUGGUCCUCAAUUGGAGGAAAUUUACAAGAUCGGGGAGAUGUCAAAAUCGUCUUUUGUAGAUGAAACUUUGGAGUUCACAUCAAGCAUGCUUGGGGAGACAAUGGAAUCUGCCACGUCAUCUAAAACUAGUGAUAAAGCAAUGAAGGCUGAGGACAUGUCUGAAGAUAUUGAUGAUCAAUUUCUCGACCUUGCAUCAAGUUCAUCUCCGCCUUUCUUAGUUCCAAGAAAGAAACUUAGAGUAAAGGAAUUUGGUGUGAUUCCUAGUCUACGGAGCUUCAUGUCUAAAGCAUUUGUUUCUGAUGCCGUUAGUGGCCAGAUCAAGAAAAUUGUGCUGGGAGUCAACUUAUGCAGUGAAAGUCAAAGAGAGAAGGUGAUGAAGGCGUUAUCUGAGGUUAAGGGUGUGCGAACAAUUGAUUUUGAUACAAAUGAUGGGAGACUAACUGUUAUUGGGGAUGUUGAUACUAUGGAUGUUUUUGACCUUGUAUGGAAUAUUGAAGGAGUGUAUAUGAUAAGCGUAGAACCUGCAAAUUAAUCUUAAAAACAUGAAACAGGGUCUCUUCCACAAGACACAACAAACUGUUUGGAAGUAGCUGCAGAUGAUUCUGCAUAUAAAUGAUUUCGAGGGAGGUGAGACUUCUUGAAUUAUAACUACCAUGUUUCUCCAACAGAAAAUAGGACAGAAUCUAUAUUGAGAUGAGAAGCAUUGUGUUUAGUUACAAUUGCAUUUCCCCAAAAGUUGGUAGUGUAUGUUAUCUAAUACUACUACAAUCAUGUUUUCAUAUAGAUAACUUGUCGAGAAUCUAUAUUCAUUAUACUUUCAUUUGUAGAUUGUUGGUGAAAAUGGUAUAUUACUAUAUUAGUUUCAGCUUCA